AUGUCAGGACGAUCAGGCCGUGCAGAGACGCGAAGUCGGGCUAAAGACGACAUCAAAAAGGUUUUGGCGGCCAUCGAAAAGGUGCGCAAAUGGGAGAAAAAAUGGGUGACUGUAGGAGACACGUCCCUUCGUAUAUUCAAGUGGGUUCCAAUAACUGAAACCAAACAGAUCUAUCGAAGCAAAUCCACAGGUGGAGAGGCGAGGGGAAUGAAGGAUGUAGUGUUGGAGAACACUAAUUCGUUGCUGGACUUUGCAGAUGAAAAUAGCAAUCAGAGUUUCCUGUCUGAUGUGUACCACCAUAAAAUGGAUAAUAGCAGCAGCUCAAGUUCUCAACAAGUGAGCCCACCACACACCAGUCUCAGAACUGAGGACUCCCAGCCACCCAUGCUUGGUCAAGAAAUUGUGGAUGAGCCUGUCAAUUCGAGACACGAAGGAACAGAUGAACCUCCCACGCUUAUAAAGGAAGACCUUCUUUCUUCUGUGACUGUCAAACGGACUGCUCCAAACCCAAAGGAAUAUGUGGAGGAAACGGGAGCACCUCCAUUAAAGAAGAUUUGUCCUGGAGAAAACUCUGUUCCUAGAUAG